AAUACCCCUCCAGAAACGGGCUGCCCCGUGCCCCUGGACCAGCAGCCCAUUAACGAGUACCAGGCCCUGUCCGACUCCUUCCCCUUCUCGUGGGCCGCUGGCGACGCUGUAGAGUUCGGCUCGAGGCUCUUCGUCACAGGGGCCUGCUUCGCGCUGUUCGUGGGCCUUCCCGUUUCUUGGUUUGGGUCGGUUGGGCCCAAAUCCGAGCCCGUUAGACUCGUUUUGGGCGCGGCUUCGAGUGGACUCUUUGUUGUGAUCCUUGCUGUUGUGAGGAUGUAUUUGGGCUGGGCCUAUGUUGGCAACCGCCUGUUGAGUGCCACUAUAUGGGUGAAGACUGCUGAAGUUUUGGCUCGUGAUAGGCUUCUUGGUUCAUUCUCUGUGAAGCCUGUUCUGGGCCGGCUCAAGAACACGCUAAUUUUUCUCGGGACAUCGUUGUUUGUGUGCAUAAUCAUCCUCAUUAACUCCGAGGACUCCCAAAAAGCUGCGUAUAUUACAACAUCACAAGAGCCCGGAGGAAGAGCCGUGCUCGGAAUUUACAACGAUGAUUCUGCAAGAAACUUUGAGCCUGAUGCAUUUUGUGGUGAAUCCACUAAUGUUGCUUCU